AUUUUGGGUGAGAGAGAGAGAGAGAGGGAUCAUAGGAGAGUGAGAGAGACGGAAGGGGAGAGGAAAGCGCAGAUCCAAAGGCAGAGCGACAACCCAGAAGCAGAAGCAUAAUGAACAGCACACAAGAAGAAAGCAGUGGCAAGAAACUAACAUGGAUCGAGUGUAUAUGGCCAGUCAUAGAACAUCUCCUGACUCGUAUAAUGAAUGGCAAAGAAGAAGAAGGACAAAGCAACAACGACAAAAAGGAACAUAAUGCAGAUGGUGAUGAUGAGGGAAGAGCAAUAAAAGGAAGUAGCAGCAGCAGAAAGGUGCAAAUUGCAUAUGAUGAUGAUGAUGAGAGAAAAGUAAUGAGCAAUAACGAAGAUGGAAGCAACAACAACGAAAAUGCAUAUAUUGAAGAUGAUGAUGAGAGAGUAAAGAACGUUAAAGAAGAAGGAAGUAGCAACAACAAAAGGUUGCAAAUUCUAGAUGAUGGUGAUGGUGAUGGUGAUGAGAAAAGAGAAAUGAACGUUGAAGAAGAAAGAGCCAUUUGCAACAAAUGGUCACAAGUCGGAGAUGAUGUUUUAGGUUUCAUUCUAAAACACUUAGGGGUCAUUGAUUACCUUCAAACCCUAUUUGUAUGCUCUAGUUGGAGAUCCACAGUUAUUAAAUGCAUUGCCAACAAACAUUGUCUUCCAUCACCUGAUCUGCCAGUUCUUUUUCUUCAAACAAUUGACAUGGAAAACCUUCCCUUCUUCGACUUGCCCAGAGGAAGAGUCUUCAACUCCACAGGCUUUUCACAUGAAUUCUUCCAUCAUUGCUAUGGCACAAUAAAAGGUUGGAUGAUCAUGGUUGAAUCUAUCAACAAUUCUUUUGAUAAUGCUCAAGAAACUGAUGCACGAAUCUUCUUCUUCAACCCCAUAACAAAUGCUAAGGUGUAUAUGUCGUCAAGGUUGAAAGUGAAAAGUAAAAUUAAAAGUAUUGUGGCAUCAAUAGAACCCAAUGACCCAAACUGUGUUGUGGUGUGUCUCUUUUAUCGUCACUUUGUGUUUGCAUUCAGUUGGAUUUCUAAUGAGUCAUGGACUAUCGUUGAAGAAGAUGUGUCUACGGCAUUAGCACUCUUGCGCGCAGAGAUCAUUGAUGGGAAAUUGUAUGCUUUGACCCACUCAGUAUUAAAUUCUAUAGUUUUUUAUGAUUUGCAAAAAGAACCCGUAAAACCUAGAAUAUUAGCAAGGCUUCCUGAAAUAGGAUUUGCUAUAAUAAGACGGAAAACGAGUCCUCUUGACUUCCUUUAUGAUGGUGAUGGUCGCAUUAUUAAUUCUUGGGAAGCUCAUGGUGACAUUCUUAGGACUUUGGCAGUUGAUUCUUCAUCAGGAGAGUUAUUCCUUAUUUAUUUGGUUUACAACUCAAUCUUUAGGUUGAAGGGAAUGCUUAAUGAUACGGCAAGAAAGGAGUAUACCAGUCCACCCAAGAUUGUAGAUAGUCGAGUGUUUAAGUUGGAUAUGAGUAAAGAACCUAGAUGGAUAGAAGCUAAGAACUUGGGAAAUCGUAUGUUGUUCAUUGGGUUUUGGAAAAGUUUUGUAGUGUCAAAUGAUGCUCUUCAGUGCCCUAAAGAGUUUAUCAAGGGGAAUUGUAUCUAUUUUGCCUAUCGUUUUCCAUGUGUUAAGGGUAUCACAGACAAAUGGGAAGGAUUGAGAAUUGGGAGGCAUCAUAGGAUUGAUAAGAUGACUGAUUACUAUACAUUUGAAAGUUCAAGUUUCACUGACGUGCCAUAUCCAAUUUGGUUCAUACCAAGUAUUUUGUAACUCUAACAUAUUACUCUAUAUUUCUUGGACAUUAUUGAA